UGGUCAUAUUUGUCCAUGUAUUGUAAAUCUCUCUCUCUCAAGAGUCUCGACUCUAUAACUUUUUUCUCCUAAUGAAAUCUGUUGAGGAAGAAGAAUGUAUAAUAGAGUCAUGGAUGGUAUUUGAGAGUUUUGCUUACACAAUUUUCACUUUUCCUCAGGUCCAAAUCCAGCAUCCCUUCAUUAAAUACUGAAACGGUAAAUGUUUCAAAUAUUUGUUUAUGUAAUCAUUUAAGAAAAUUAAGAUAAAAUAGAUUAAUAGUACUUUUUUUCUUCUGUUGUUUUGAAUUCAGUAUUUUUUUGGUCAAUAUUUUUUAGUUAAACAAUUAAAUGAUUUUGACAAAAUUAAUAGAUUAUACAAACUUUGAUAAUACCGACCAUUUUGUACAGUUGUUAAAAAUAUGGUAGAAGGGUUAACACUUUUAGGCUGGAAGGUGAUAGAUAAUACAUCAAGAGGCCAACAUAUAUUUUCUCUUUUCUUAACAGAUCAUAUAAUAGCUUUGAAGAAUUAUUAGUUUAUAUAUUCAAAGUUGAUGUGGUGAUGACCCAACUUUAGUCUCAUCACCUUUUUUGUUUUUCUUUACUCUCUUCUUCUGAUUCAUGCCGUUCUUUCGUUUUGAGACUUUGUGAUUCAUCUGCACUUGAUGAUCUGUUUCUGACAUAAUAUCUUGGAGACUUUUGGGAUCUGAGAAAAACUAAAUCCAAGUUGGAGUCCUGUUGCUGAUUUUUCUUCUCAAAUGGGAAUGGGUUCUUCUUUGGAAAAGCUGUUCAAACGAGAGAGGACUGUACAUGAGAUUCUGGGAGGUGGCAUUGUUGCAGAUGUAAUGCUGUGGAGGAAGAAGAAUGUGAGUGUUGGUAUAGUCACAGUAACAAUAGGAUCAUGGAUGGUGUUUGAGACAUUUUCUUAUACCAUCCUCACUCUUCUUUCAAGUGUUCUUCUCCUCUUGCUCUCUAUUUUUUUCCUCUGGUCCAAAUCUGCAUCCAUCCUCAACAGGCCGUCACCGCCAUUAACAGAGUGUCAAGUAAGUGAAGAAAUGGCUGAAGAAGCUUCCAAGUUUUUGCGCAUCCAUGUGAAUAAACUACUACAAGUAUCGUAUGACAUUGCAAUGGGAAGAGACGCAGAGUUGUUUAUCAGAGUAGCAGUCUAUCUGUUUCUCAUAGCAUUCAUUGGAAGCCUCAUGGAUUUUCAAACACUCUGCCACACUGGGGUUUUGGUGGUGAUGGCAGUUCCAGCUUUCUAUGAGAGAUACGAAGAUUGCAUAGAUGGAUCUAUAGUGCUCAUCUACAACAAAGCUAAAGAGCUUUACCUGAGAUUCAAGAUAUGGGCGUAUCCGGAACAUAAGAAACUGAGCUGAGACUCUCUCCGUCUCUAUUUCUCUCUUCUUCAGGAGUUUUUUUUUGGUUCCUCAGUUUUGUGCUAGGGAAGAAAUUGUAUCUUUUUGAUAAAUGUUUGAACGGUACAGUCAAUAUAUGAGCAACCCACAUAAAUUUAUUGCA